GAUGGAUUAACCUGAAAAUAUUUAAAUCAGCAUCAUGGAUCAUUCUUUUCGAGGCAAAGGGACCACAAAUUGCACUGUUAAACCUCGCCUAGUGGCAGGUGCCAAUUCUACUCACAAGCCCGACGAGACUCAAGUCAAAUUAGCUCGUAAUUCACCGACUUCUAAUGCUUCAAGCUCAGAAAUGCUUGAAGCACCAGAAGUUAAAUAUAGCAGUUUCCUCGACACGGUUCAUGACAAGACUUUGAGUCAAACUUUACAUCACAACAAUGAUGCUGAUGGACAGAAAGGCAGCAAUAGCAGCAGACAUGCAUCAUCUCCUAUUAUACCUGAGGCUUCACAUUCUCAAGGCUGCCUCAAGUCAAAUAAUUUCACGGUUCCCAAUGUACGAAAUUCUGACUCGAUUCGUAGCGGCUCGCAUGCACGCAAUUUCCCUGGAGACUUGGAUGUACCGCGGCCUAACGUUGUCUGUGCCCAAAUGCCUCCUAAUCAUGCUGGGUUUAAUAAUUACGCUUUCAGGCCCGCUCAACCUGUUCCACAAACACGGGCCACUCAACUCACUCAGCAGCGGCAUAAUAAUCAUCACUCUCAAGCCAACAUCCAACCAUCAUUAACCUCACCACCCUCUAAUCACGCCCACGGUCACCCUUCACUGCAUCAUGAUGGGGUGCCAUAUAAUUCUGCUAGUCUCUACGCUCCAAAAAAUGAAAGUUCUCAUCAUUCGACAUCUUUUGCAGCUCCUCAAGAGAGGAUUUACAAUGCAAACGGCUGUGCUGGCGAAUCCGGGCUUAGUUCAUUUUCUCGUUCUAGGACCAGAAGUGUCUCGAAUUACAACAAAGAAAAUUCUAUUUCUCCUCCUAAUGUGCAGAAGCCUAAUCGUCAGUUCAGUAAUGCGCAAAAUCAACCUAAUCUUAAAGAUAAUGAAGAGACUGGUGCAUCAUCGCUGCCUGGUCAGAGGUCGCAACUUUCAUGUCGAACUAAGUGGGCUUUGAGUAAUGGUAACGUGGUGAGUCAAGACACUCAUGCUGGCAGUAGGAGGGGGUCGCAUGAGAUGCCUAGGAACUUCCAACACUCGAUCCUGCCUAGGCAUUUCUCGCAGCCUCCACAUACGGUGGCUACAGGGGGCUUUAAUGCGUAUUCCAACCAAAUAGUUAGGCCAAUUGCCCCCCGUGGUCCCAGACCUGCGUUUCCCGGCCAACAACCUGCAGGAUUUUCUAGGUUCGGGGUACGCAAUGGCCCUGGUUUGAAUCCUCGCCCGCGUCAUUCUGGUUAUGGUUCAUUUGAAAAUUAUGGUUCUGUUUCAACUUGGGAGCAGCAAAAUAUCUUGAAUCACCAGAGAUUCCAUCAGAGAUACAAUGUUGAUAACUAUUUCUCCCGGGUUCAUGAAAAUGUCGACAACCAGUAUGCCAAUCACUUUCAAGGCCAGCAUUCUUCCUACGGUAAUGAAAAGAUUUACAAGAGUACAAAUAACUACAAGCCAGCCAAAACUUUCAAUCGUGGUUCAUCGAUGCCUAAUUCUCGUAACCACUCCCCCUUUCGCGAUGAUAAAUCUCACUCGAGAAAUUGUGCAGGUAUACCUCACGCUCAGGGUGGUGGCUUUGAGCAAACCGAAGCUAUGAGCCCUGCUGGGGCUGAAGCAAUGAGCCCUGCUGGGGCUGAAGUUAUAAGCCCGUCAGGGGCUGAAGGAAAUUUACACGACACGCAGGCCGAGCGGAGGGACCGCGACUUCAGAGCACCUCUUGCACCCGUGGGUCCUCAGUUGCAUGCCACGGCUGACAGCAAUGAAGUGAACCCAGGCCUGAGAGGUCACAAGCAUUCCGCUCAAGACGCUGGACUUGAUGCUGGCACAAAUCCAGGUGGCGAGCCGUGCCUCCUUGGUUUGCCAGAACAAAUCAGGCUCUUGUAUCCUAAUAAAGAAGAAUUUACCAUGUGUUUGCACAUUAAUGUCAUGUUAUUUUUGCAGAUGAAAGACGUUGAGUACCGAGGUACGGGUCCAAGCAAGAAGUUGGCCAAGCACAACGCAGCGUCCGCAGCUCUGGCUUCCUUCAUACAGUUCCGUUACGCUGAUAACGUUGCUCAGGCCUUCUCAACGCACAAUCCUGGCUAUAGUUCGUGGCGCGAGCGGCCUCCGAUGGCCACGGCCUACAGAACGCGAGAUUUUGUCUCGCCUGCGAACACUCCCAUGCGUCGGACUUCGUGGGGCGAUGUCGCCACUACUGCGCGCCCGCAAGCUUCUAAAUCUGCAACCCAUUCGCCCUCUGAAGUGCGUGAACGAGUUGUCGAUCCUGAUGUUUGCAAUGGGGCCCAGUUGGGUGGGGAUCCUCCUAGAAGUGUUGAAGUGGCACAUUCCGAUGACACUCGGGUUCCCGAAGAGCGUCUCGUUGAAGCAAUAAUCGAAAAUAAUAAUCGUGCAGAGACUUGGAAUAGCUAUAACCGGUCGAAUACUGUGAAAGACUUGUAUGCAAAUGGAUUAGUAGUCCGUGAACGUAAUGAAUCUAGUAGUGCUAUUGCUGCCAAGGAAAUUCAAGGCUCCAGCCAGGAUUCGAAGACCGAAGAUUUAGAGGUCGCUGAGGCUCACAACGCACUAACAGAUGUCGCUGGUGGACCUCUCGACAGCGAGGUUGUCAAGAAGAAGAGGAGAAAGAAGAAAAAGCCUCUCACAACCGAUGUAUAUAACGAACAAAUUGUAAGCGAACCGCUGACACAAGAAGGGCAAAAAGGAAGUAAUUUCAAAAAAACGAAAUCACUUGAAAAUAAACUGUGGAAUGAGUCGCAAAUAAAUAACUCUGAUUCUGUGGUAGUUACUAAUGGCUCUACAUCGCUAAUAAAUGAACCGUCGUUGACCAACAAGGACAACUACAAAGCUAUGAAGAAUUUUGAAUUAAAAAAUGAAGAAACUUCUUGCCACGGCGUGACCACGGACUUCACUGAAGACGACCGCACUGAGAACUUUGACGGCACUUUCGACUCCAGGACCACGACUCACAGGGGCGUGUACAUGGGGUCGAGCGCGACCGCGGAUAACUCAGUGACGGUACAAUACCGAAACUUCGGAGGCGUUGCUGUUCCUGCACAUCCGACGUCCUCCUCCUCAGAGGUUCCCUCGUUCUCGUCGACUAUAAACACUUCCAUCUCCGAGGUAACUUCCAGCAUGCCUGCCCACACCGCUGUCGCCGCAGCUGACGACAUUACAGCCGCUGCUGCAGUCGUGAGCAGCGGCAUGACAGACAUGGAGGCCAGCAGUGGUUCAGCAGCAGAGACUGAGUCUCCUCUGGCCAUGAGACUCUCCCGCAAGACUCUUCGUGGGCAACGUAGCCGUUCUGCUGCAAGUGGCAUCAACUCCUCGGGUGGCUGUAGGGACAGCUCACGUAGCAGCAGCAGCGGCGACUGCUCAGAAGCUGGAGCAGAAGCUAUGUUAGGAGGCGCAUCUUCAUCAGUGUCUCCAAGCUCCUCCACUUCUGCGCUGGACCAGUCUAACGGCGUUACCCUUCAUUCUACCAAAGCCCGAAGUGGUGCCAGCAAACGGGCCCAAGUUGCCCAGGCUUCUGGGGUGAGCAAAGUCUACAACGGGCCCACGGUCACUGACAAGAACCCUAUUAUGUUACUGAACGAAAUGCAUGGCGAUUGCGAGUACACAUUAGUUAGGGAAGACGGCGAGCCUCACGCGCGCGUCUUUACUUAUGAACUGCGCUUCGACAAGAAGCUCUUCACUGGCACAGGCAACAGCAAGAAGCACGCCCGUGCAGCGGCUGCUCGUCAGGCCCUCAGCGUGAUCUAUGGCGUGGUGGCCAGCAGCUCCAACAGCACCUUACAGCAGACGCAGUUCGGCUCCUUGGUGCAUCUCCAGAUGCCUCAGACCGUCGCUGAUAAAGUUGCUAAACUCGUGUGCGAGAAAUUCAUGGAGCUGACGAGCAACAACCCAACCAUCGCUAAACGCAAGGUACUGGCGGGCAUCGUGGUCACGGACGACGAGGAUUCUGAUGCCACUUUCAUCCUGAGCGUCAGCACUGGCACCAAGUGCAUCAAUGGCGAGAGACUGAGCAUUAGUGGCCAGUGCCUCAACGACUGCCACGCUGAAAUUGUGUCCAGACGAUGCCUUGUUCACUUCCUCCUGGCCCAGAUGGAGCUCUAUAAUGCUAUCAUUAGCGGAGAGAUGCCGCCCGACACACCGUGCGUGAUAGAACAGGUGCCCGAUGACUCUGAGUAUAGACAUUUCCUGAAGGUGAAGGACCGCUACAAGUUCCACCUAUACAUCAACACGGCCCCUUGUGGGGAUGCCAGAAUAUUCUCCCCACACGAGGAAGAAGCUGAGGUUGCGGAUCCCCACCCCAACAGGCAGUGUCGAGGUCUCCUCAGGACCAAGAUAGAGUCCGGCGAAGGCACCAUACCUAUCAAGACUUUGGAGAAGGCAGAGAUGAUGAAACUGCAAGCGUUAUGCGGACGCAUUGAUAACAGUCUGGAGGGGCUACCCGAGCCAUUCAAGAUGCACAAGCCCAAGAUGAACCAAGGAAGCAGCGUUGAGAGCAGACAGCCUCAGAAAGCGCCGUCGCUCUCUCUUAACUGGGAUUGCGUAACCGACAACGUUGAAAUCCUGAACGCCAUGACGGGCAAGCAGGAAGGGGAACAGACUUCCCGGCUGUGCAAGCGUAGCCUCCUGAAGAGGUUCCUAAAGCUCGUGCAGAGGAUGCCUCCAGGCUCAGGCCUUACCUUCUCGGAGGCCACUGAGUCUCCCUAUGAUGGCAUCAAAGCUAAGGCUGAAAAAUAUCAGGAGAGCAAGCGCAUCAUGGUUCAGGGCUUCAAGCAAGCCGGCUGUGGGACGUGGAUCAAGAAGCCUUAUGAACAGGGAGACUUUUGUGUGAGUUCGAACGAACUCACCUCUACAAUAACGUACGCUGUGAGCGCCGCUAAGGCUCUCAUUACUAAUACUACUUCGGGCACACUGUCUACUAGCGACGUCUCGCACUCGAGCAACACGUCUACACUCGCUGACCCUGCUGGUGCUGGCGGCGAUAAUGUGGUGGAUGGAUCGGAGCAACUCUCCAAUAGCUGCUAUCCUGAAGAUGAUACUGUUGUCAUUUCUGGAGAAGCACUCGAUAGAAUAGAGAGAAAUUCAACCCAAACACCGUGUUUGUCCGCUACAGCAUCCGCUGCGUCAACCUCUACAGACACAUGUGCAAGUGUGGAAAACACUGGAAGAGGCAAAUCAAUGGCUUUCGUUGAACCGAUCGUCCCAAGUGGGAGAUCUGCCAGUUUCAGUGGCAUAUCACGUGCUGCCUCGAUGUCGGGUUCUCCCUCCGCUAUGAAAUCUGCGAGCGUUUCCUCCGUUGAUAAACCCUCGUUGGGCCUUGGUGCGUCCUCUGCAUGUGGUGACAAGCCUACUAAUAGAACACCUAAGUCGAAUCCUGUUCUUGUUAGUGGUGCUUGUAACGCUAAGGCAAGAAAAGGUCAAGACGCUUCCAAGCGUUCCAGUCGCAGUAAUUACAGUAUGGAAGCCCUGAGUGGAAUUAGUAAUUCGAGUUGCGAUGGGGAGCCCCAUUCUCCCAUGUCGUACGCCGCUGUACUUGCCUCCAAGCGCUCCUAGGAAAGAUUAUCCCUUGGUCUUUGCUUAUAGUCCAUUCCUUAGGUUGUAGUUACCAUUAGAUCAACUUACUCCUGUCCACGUGAUUAUUUUUCAAAUCAAAUGCUAGCGAACAC